UCAUGCCGCCCUCUCUCGACUUCUAAGAUAUGCGGAUUAACGUAUAUGGGAAAUGCACGCGAAGUGUUUGAAGAAAUGCCAAGCUGAGAGAGAUGCCCAAAAACCCAUUUAAUCUUCUUCCUUCCUUAAAACUCAGAGCAACAUCGCAGGGCAUAAAAAGGUAUGGGGGAUCACUUUGUUUUGCUGGUUGAUCGGUUGUUGACGGAGUCGACAUUAGGAGCAGCAAUCGAGAGUCGAAGGCAGUUGAUGGAAGCGACAUCGUCUUCUUCCACAGAUGAUUUGAAGAGGAAUAAGUCAACCUUAGAAAUGGAGUUCGAAGAUAUACUUUCUUCAAAGAAAAUGGUGGAAUGUAGAAUAUGUCAGGAUGAGGAUGAAGACUCGAACAUGGAAACGCCUUGCUCGUGCCGUGGUAGCCUUAAGUACGCGCAUCGAAGAUGCAUACAGAAGUGGUGUAAUGAGAAGGGUAACACAGUUUGUGAAAUAUGCCAACAGCAAUUCAAGCCAGGCUACACGGCUCCUCCUUCGUUAUUUGAAAUGAGACGUAUCCCAAUGAACUUCAGAGGGAACUGGGAGAUGUCUAGAAGGGACUCGGAUAGUCCUACCUAUAUAACAAUGGUAUCAUCAAACCGUAAUGUGGCUGAUUCCGAUUAUGAUGAGAUAGCAGCUUCUGCUGCAAGCAGUGUCCUAUGCUGUCAUUCAAUUGCUAUCACCUUCAUGGUUCUUCUGGUGUUGAGGCACAUUCUUCCCCUCAUGUUUAAUGAAACCAGUGAUUACUCUUUUCCUAUGCUUCUGUUGAUAUGCCUGCGAAUUUUCGGGAUCUGCCUACUGAUAUACGUUAUGUUCAAAGUCGUCACUGCGGUGCAUCGUCGUCGACUUCUCCUGCCUACGUCUUCUAGCUCACCCAUUAGUUCAUCCAGCAUAGCUCGGAGUUCGACGUCCCAAUCGCCCCAACCUCAGCCUAACUUUAUCCGUGUUUGAUGAGUUUUGUACGAGCUUGGAGAAACUCGAUUUCAAGGCUGAAAAACGGUGUAGCUGUGGUUAUCCAAUGCAAAAGGUUUCAUGGCUGUGGCGUUUCUCAGCUUCAAGUGGAAAAUCACAUUGUAAAGGAUAGAAGAGAGAAUAUUUAUCAAGAAAAAAAAUGCUCUUAGAUGUUUGAAAUUGUUAUGCAGUUAAUUAAAUCAUUACUCUUUUAGAAUUUCUCUGUACAGAUAGAGAGAGAAAAUACAAAAUGAAAGAUAUCUAUAUAUCUAUAUAUA